AACGCGUCACAUAAGCCACGCCCCGUGUGGCCAAGCGGAAGUGUAGUCGUAUCUCUCUCUCAGUGCGGAGGCAUUCGCUCGAUAAUGAUCUUUAAUUCAUGUAACGCGGACAGAAAAUCAACCGAAAUGCGCGCAGAUUUGCACGGCGUCAACUGCGCUCAGUGUGGCGAAGCAGGACAGCGGAAGUGAGCUUCUUCGGCCCGGUUCAACGCAACGCGAUGCAAAUGGGCUGCGAUAUUGUUCAUUCGAGCAGCGACGGGAAACCGCUGGAAAAACACACACACUGCGCUGCGCCGUUUCAGUCCGAAGCGACCGUGACUCGGGCGCAGUAAGAAGAUCACGCAGGGGCCAAAGAGCUACAUGUGACACACUUCUGUCAAUUAUUUAAUAUCUUUAAUAGCACCCGGUGACACCAACACGACAUCCAACACGACUACAGAUGGAGGACUGGGAAUGAGCUUGUGUAUGGUGGGAAACGAAGACGUGCGCGCUGGAGCCGCAACAGAGGCGACGCUGUGCUGAGCGAAGCGGCCCGGAGAGUCAUGCGGCGGUGGGGGAGGAUCGGAGCAGGGAGCUCACAGCACACAGCACGUUCCGCAAUAACUUUAAUACCGCACAGCGAAGGGCUCUAACAUGACAACAGGCGUCAAAAAGGGGUAAAAACUUCACGCACACACUGCGUUAUGCGCUUUUACGCAAAGUCGCGGCUCCUCUUGGUGCGGUAAAAGUCCACACAGGCAGCUAAAUCAUUCUCAACUUUGUCCAUUUGGAGUUUAACUGAAGACUGAUACGAUCUUAGAUCUAUAUAUAUGUGUGUGUGCUAUUAGGGGUUGGACUGAUGUCUUAACCGUACACAUUAGUCAAACAGAAUUAACUGGAUGAAGCUAGUGUAUGCGCUCUGUGAUGAUCUAAUUUACGCAGAAUAACCGGGGGUCAUAUAGACGCAGCCCCAUGACAUGAUUUUACAUUGAUUCUCAUCUCGGCCCAAAUGGCAUCGUUCCCCGAUUCCGACGUGCAGACGUGUCCGCUGUGUAAGGAGCUGUGUGGCUCCUCUGCUCCGAUCUCCUCCAGUUCAUCUACCUCCUCCUCGUCAUCGCAGACCUCCAACUCGUCUACUACCUCGUCCACGCGAAGGCUGCACGUACUGCCGUGCCUGCACGCCUUCUGUAGGUCGUGCCUGGAGAGCCUGAGGAACAACGGAGACCCGCUAAAGCUCCGCUGCCCCACUUGCGACCAAAAAGUACCCAUGUCCGAGUCGGGCGUAGAUGCGUUGCCCUCGUCCAACUUCUUGUUCAGCAACUUGCUGGACGUGGUGGUGUCCACCGAGGACCAGGGCACGAGCAGCUGCAUGGGGAGCGGGGGUCUUCUCCGUGCUCAGCACGUGCUCUCGGAGCCGCAGUGCAGCUCGUGCGAUGAAGGUAACAGCGCGAGCUCGCACUGCCUCGACUGCCAGGAGUACCUGUGCGACAACUGCGUGCGUGCGCACCAGCGCGUCCGUCUCACCAAAGACCACUUCAUCGAGAGCCUGGCGGAGAACCUGCACAUGCCGGGACGCGCCGGUGGCCACGGUGCAACGCUCAGCCUCUCACAGGCGUUUCACAACUUCUCACUGCUUCCGGUUUUCCAGGACAGAAUGGACUACUGUCAGCAGCACGACAACGCGGUGCUGCGAUUUUUCUGUGAGAGUUGCUCUGUGCCUAUCUGUAGGGAAUGCAGUGUGGGAAGACACGUGGGCCACAGUGUGUCCUACCUGCAGGACGUGCUGCAUGACUCCAGAGCGCUCACCAUUCAGCUGCUCGCAGAUGCACAGCAGGGACGACAGGCCGUGCAGCUAAGCAUCGAGAAAGCGCAAACAAUUGCUGAGCAGGUGGAACUGAAGGCCAAGGUUGUGCAGUCAGAGGUGAAGACCACCACACUGCGUCACAAGAAAGCCCUGGAGGAGCGAGAGUGUGAGCUGCUGUGGAAGUUGGAAAAGAUCCGCCAAGUGAAGGCCAAGUCCCUGUACCUUCAGGUUGAGAAACUUCACCAGAACCUCACCAAGCUGGACAGCACCAUUGCCACAGUGACAAAAGUGCUGGAGGAAGGUCGCAACAUAGACAUCCUACUAGCACGUGAGCACAUGCUGAAUCAGCUGCAGGAGCUUAAAGCACUGCGCUGCAUUCUGCAGCCCCAAGAGGAUGACCGAAUCAUGUUCACACAGCCAGAUCAGGCGCUUCUGAUUGCCAUCCAGUCCAUGGGUCUGAUAAGCAGUGGAGCCUUUGCAUCAGCCACCAAAGCCAAUGGAGAAGGCCUCAAGAGAGCUUUGCAGGGAAAAGUAGCUUCCUUCACAGUAGUUGCAUAUGACCAUGAUGGAGAACCGAGGUUGUCUGGUGGAGAUGGUGUAUCAGUGGUCUUGAUGAGUCCAGAGGGAAACCUCUCCAGUGCUGAUGUGUCUGACCACCAAGAUGGAACCUACACAGUUAGCUAUUUGCCUAAGAGUGAAGGUGAGCAUAUUCUUUCUGUGCUCAUCUGCAACCAGCACAUUGAAGGAAGUCCCUUCAAAGUAGUGGUCAAAUCUGGCCGCAGCUAUGGAGGUAUUGGUCUGCCUGUUGCAUCCUUUGGUGGAGAGGGUGAUGGGGAUGGACAGCUAUGUCGACCCUGGGGCAUCUGUGUUGAUAAGGAAGGAUAUGUGAUUGUGGCUGACCGAAGCAACAAUCGCAUACAGAUCUUCAAGCCAUGUGGCACCUUUCACCACAAAUUUGGCACUUUGGGUUCUCGACCUGGUCAGUUUGACCGACCUGCCGGGGUUGCCUGUGACAGCCAGAGAAGAAUCAUUGUGGCUGACAAGGACAAUCACCGCAUCCAGAUCUUCACUUUUGAUGGCCAUUUCCUCCUAAAGUUUGGUGAAAAGGGAACCAAAAAUGGGCAGUUCAACUACCCCUGGGAUGUAGCUGUCAAUUUGGAGGGAAAGAUUCUGGUCUCAGACACACGCAACCAUCGAGUACAGCUGUUUGGACCUGAUGGGGUGUUCAUCAACAAAUAUGGGUUCGAAGGUGCCCUAUGGAAGCAUUUCGACUCACCUCGAGGAGUCGCCUUCAACCAGGAAGGUCACCUAGUGGUGACUGACUUCAACAAUCAUCGGCUGCUCGUCAUUAGGCCGGACUGCCAGUCUGCACGCUUUCUUGGCUCUGAGGGAACAGGUAACGGGCAGUUCUUGCGUCCACAAGGCGUAGCCGUGGACCAGGAGGAUCGCAUUAUUGUGGCUGACUCCCGUAACCAUCGUAUUCAGGUGUUUGAACCCAAUGGCAACUUCUUAUGCAAGUUUGGGACUCAGGGUAGUGGCUUUGGGCAGAUGGAUCGCCCAUCAGGUAUAGCCGUUACCCCUGACGGAAUGAUUGUAGCCGUAGACUUUGGAAACAAUCGAAUCCUCAUCUUUUGAGCUAGGGUUCAAGGUUAGAAAUAUAUGUUGUCUGAGGAGGAAAAAAGGUUUAGGUACACGAUUAUCAGGAGCAAACAUGGCUAAAUGUGGCAGCAAUGUGUAGAUUCUUUUGUACUCAUCUAUAUCUAUUUAUCCUGAUUGUAGUAUGAUUUGCGCUGCUGGCGGAAGUGUUCAUCUCGUGCACACGCCAUUUAUCAAAGAGAAGAGUAGAGCAAAAAGACUGGUUGCUAGGGGUGUUGCUAUUUUGCUCUUGAGCGGAGUUUUGAAAUCUUUAUUUGUCAGAUUUUUUUUCUCAGGGAAUUUCCAGCAUUCUUGAAACAUUUCUCUCUCUCUCUCUCUCUCUCUCUCUCUCUCUCUCUCUCUCUCUCUCUCUCUCUCUCUCUCUCUCUCUGCAUUAUACCUACCUCAUCUAGCUUGUGUAUGAAUGUAUUCUCUUGUGUGUGCAGUGUCUGUGAAGUUUUAUAAAGAUGUCUACCUCAGUGCUAUUUUUAUUUGUCAGAGAACAUAACAUAAGAAAUGAAGCAAUGUUUGGUUGAUAUUUGCACAGCUCGCACAAAUUUCUCCUGAUUGUUACUGUGCACAUAACACCGGUAGGACCCCUGAAUGUUUGAUUACAGUGAUGCAGUAAGGCCAGGACUGCAUGUCUGGGAAAACAUUUGGAUAAUGUUUGGAUAAAUCUACUGUUUUGUGUUAUGUUUUGGAAUUUGUUUUCAUUUGUCGUACCUCAUCUAAACUUCUUACCUCAUAACCUUAAUGUACCUCUGUGUACAAAUGCCUCAUUGUACAUACCUCACUUUGAUUUCCUUUAAAGUUAUGUAAUUUUCUCAAAAAUGUGUGUUGGCUUAUAGGAUGGCUAGUUUUUUCUGAAUUACUGGUAGGUCUGUUAGUAUAGAUUCAAGCCAAGAAACUAUUGCUCCCUUUUCUGAAAAUGUUUUACAAAGGAUCUAGAAAAAGGGCAGAGAUAGUUGUGUAAAGAUUUGAAUCUUUGGGGGGACCUGGGAUUGAAUUGAAUCGUCCCAUUUUUGGUUAUUUCUGUACGUCUUUGUAUUUUUUUUUCUAUUAUCAUCUAGCACCAAUCAAGAUGAAGUGUUUAUCAGAAUGAUUGGUUGGCAUGUUGGUUUGUUGACUGGCUGUUGCUGCAAGCUUGGAUGUAAUCCAGACCCUAGAGGAUGACAUAGUUUACUUUGGAAAAAAAAAAUGUCGUCGUCCUUUCUGAAUGUCUGAAAUCUAUUUAUUGGCCAAGAAAGAGCUCUAAAAGUAAGAGCUGAAUUAGAUCUCCUCAAAGACCGUUUGCUCAGUCAAUGGAACACAGUUUGAAAACCUCAAUAAUCAACUGAGUAUGGUCUAAAAUAAGAGAUUUUUUUUCUUAAUUUGUGGGGGAACCACUUUAAUUAAUGGUUUUAAUGGUUGGCUGCUUUUCCUAAAUGUUGCUCAAAAAGAUAGCAUUUGCAAGCAACAAAAAAGAUGAGCACUGACAUCCUGACACACGUACAUACCGUGUAUCUACAGAGACAUCAUGUAAUGAAAAACCCUUCUGAAACUACAAGGAAAGUUUUGAGAGACAGUCAAGAAUGUACAUUCUAGUCCCUGCCAUAUCCUGACUACAUGCCCUGUCCAGGGCCUAAAUCCCAAAGCUGAUCUGUCAGGUGUUGCUCUUGUUUAGCUCCUCGUCUGGAUGAAUAUUUUCUAUUUUUAAGCUGCUUCUGCGGGUGCAAACAUUUUUUCUGAUUGUGUGUACAUGUCCCAGGUAAAGACAAGUACACUCACAAGUUCGAUGCUAUGUGGCUUUACGUUGAUGUUCGAGGCUCCGCUUGUGCAUUCCAUUUUACAGAAGAACAUUCAAAUUCAAAAAUACCCCCAAAAUAAAGCACAGCAACAUUUUAACAACCAUUUUAGUAAUAUUUUGCACCUGUUUGCUCAGUCAGAUUUGUCUGUAAGCAGCCCAGGAGUCUACAACUUGCCAAAAAGUAACCAUUGGGAAUGGUCAAGUGCCAAAAGAGAGUGUAUCUGGGACACUUGCUCUGAGUCUGCCCACAAGAUUGGUUUCUUAUCGAAUCAGUUCCUUAGUGCGACUUCACUUCUAUGGUGCACAUUUUACACUGCAGUACCUUAACAUGUAUAUCAGCAAAGUCAAAGUAUAACAUUAACUGUGCUGUUGUAUUUGAGGGGCCGUAUUGGAAAGCACCAUUUACCAGCUUAUGCAUUGGUCCAAAUGCAGUGAUUGAGAUCAGAGCAGAACCUGAUUCAGCUGGUGGCAAGUUACAAAAAAACAUUUACCAAGAAAAAACCCAAACAUUGAGUGCUAGGACUGUUGUGGAACAUGAACGAUGUGAGCAUUGGGCAGUAAUGAAAGAAUUUGCUGCUUCGAAAUCUUCACACUAAUUUCAGUAUUAAUGUCAGCUGUUUGAUUUGUGUUUAACGUUUAGCUGCAACUCUGUCACCAGAGAACCAAAGAAAUCUCUAUAAGAGAAACAUUUGCAUGCUUUAAAAGCCCUUGUAGGUAAUUUUAUUUGAAAUGAGGUGAUGAAGAAGAAGUAGACACUUAUUAUAUACCAAAAAUGUUCCAAUGUUAUGGUGAACAUCUUUGACUACAAGUUUUCUAUUAGUCUUUGAUGGAUAGCUUUACAGAGCAAGGUACGAGAGCGAGAAAGGUUUAAAUUCAUAUGCCUUAACACUGCUGCAUUGUAUUACAACUUUACUUUUCUUGUUUGGAAUUUAAUCAGACUGGAAACUGCCAAAGAGUUUGCUCUAUUGCCUUUUAUGUUUGUCGCCUUUUUUUUUUUUUUUUUUUUUUUAAAUAUAUAUAUAUAAAUCUCAUCUCAAAUUCCUCACUGAUGUCCUGACAGUUUGAUAGCUUCACUAAAAUUAAACAUGCGUAGUAACGUCCCAGUACAGUUGAAAUCGCAGUUGUGUUGUGCUUGAGAAGAAAACUUUUCAGUCCUACCGAGGAGCCAUCACAUGUAUAGGCCUAAACCGAGCAGCCACACAGAACUUGAGCAUCCAGUAUCUCAUCAGUGUAUUUUCUAUGUGUGGUGGUUAUUAGGGAAAAUAAAGAGAUCUAGUUUAUAUUAGAAGGAUAGUUCUGCUUCUUAGACAAUAUGGUGCCAGAACAAUGCAGUAAAUGGGUGCACAUGUCUAUAAGUUAUUAAUCAGACUCGAACAUUGUUCAUCAGAAUGUCUAAUCACAGCAUUCUGUCUCAUGUUUGGACUUCUGGUCAGUGUCUCUACGGGUUUCCCACCAGUUGUGGUGUAUUCCAGCUUUUGAUCUGUUUCCUAAUCUUGGGAAAGCAGAAGGAAUGUGUAAACAGUUCAGAAGUGCAUGGUCUUUUUUAUGAUUGUAUUACCUAAGAAGAAGAAAAAUCCCAAAUACUCAGGUAGCUUUAUAGAGAUUUGAUUCAAAGUCAAUAUUUGUUUCUUACAAUUGGAUAGUAAAUCCUUUGUUAGUACUCCAUAGGAUUUAGUAUCUAUUUUUUUGUGUGUGCUUUAUUGUAUUUAUCUACAAAAAUAUCUUUGCUGUGUGUAAAUUCAACAGGAUCCUUUACAGCCAAAUUUCACUAUUUGUGUUCAUUUUCAGACCCAGAUUUAAAAAAAACAUAAAAAUGUUCAGAAAAAUGUUAUUAAAUCAGACAAAUGGCACUAAUGCAACAAUGUGGAGAUAUUUUUGAUAAGUGUAAGAUUACAUUGCUUACUUUAUUAAUGAAAGAUAUAUAAAUAAUGUUCAAUAUAUUACAAAUAUGACCUCUUAUCAAAAAGUUUUGUUUGUUUGUUUUCGAUGGCAACAAUCCAACCCUAUAUACUGUAGUUUUCAUUACACUUACAUUACAGUCAUUUUUCCAUGAUCACAUAUUUGGCUGUGAGACAAAUGGAAAGGGACAUGUGGAGAGAUUGCUGCCUGAACUCAGACAUGGCAUCAGUUUUAUCCUUUAAAAAGCUAAUUAUUAUUGUUGGAUCUAAAAUUGCAUACACAGAUUCCAGGUCUGAUGUCUUUUUAGGUGGAUGUAACAUUUAGUAUCCUCCAAGAUAAGCAGUAUUUUCCAUUCUUAAAAUCUGUCAUAAAUACUCCUGGAUUUUGGUCUGCUGCUGUACACAGAAGAGGCUGAAUGUAUUAUUUGGUGAUCUACAGUCUUGUGCUUUUGUCUUUGUUGACUUUAAACAUUUUCCUAUGCAGAUUUCUUUGUUUUAUGUUCAGCUCUUUAUGCUUAAAUAAACUUGUUGGGAUCCUGAA